AUCCGCAAGCUGUUAAGAGGAGCCAUUGAUCCCAUCCGAAACCUUCCUCCGUCCUCCGAUUCCAUCUCUUCCAUCGAUUUCCGCAAUCGGAGCAAAUCCAGGCGAAGGAGCUAAAAUAAAGCAGUAAUUGAUUACUGAAUCGAUUUUAACCUACGCAGGAAGACGAUUGAUGAGAUCUAUGCGUUUGGAGAGGUAGCAGUGACGUCUUCAGUGGCUUCCUUCGAAUUUUUUUAAUUCGCGAAGAGAAAUAGCUGUGGUGUCGUGUUGUCUGUUAAUGAGUUUAACGCCUGAAGAUUGGGGUUGAGUGGUGUUGGAUAAGCUUUUCCCCUUCAGAAGGCAGAGGAAUAAACUUCUCGUAGAUUCUAGAAAUGAAUGGUGGUUUAAUCGAUUUUGAUUCAGAGGAUUCAGAGUUUGUAGAAGUUGAUCCGUCUGGAAGAUAUGGAAGGUACAAUGAGAUUCUCGGCAAAGGUGCUUCCAAAACAGUGUACAGAGCUUUCGACGAGUACGAAGGAAUUGAAGUCGCCUGGAACCAGGUGAAGCUCUACGAUUUCUUACAGAGCCCCGAGGAUCUUGAACGACUCUACUGCGAAAUCCAUCUCCUCAAGACGUUGAAGCACAACAACAUUAUGAAAUUCUACACCUCUUGGGUGGAUACCGCCAAUCGAAACAUCAAUUUCGUCACCGAAAUGUUCACUUCCGGCACUCUCAGACAAUAUAGGAUGAAGCAUAAGAGGAUAAACAUUCGAGCGAUCAAACACUGGUGCCGGCAGAUUCUACAGGGGCUCGUUUAUCUCCACAGCCACGACCCGCCGGUGAUUCACAGAGACCUUAAAUGUGACAACAUUUUCAUCAAUGGAAAUCAGGGAGAAGUCAAGAUUGGCGACCUCGGUCUCGCUGCAAUCCUCAGGAAAUCGCACGCUGCUCGUUGUGUCGGAACGCCGGAGUUCAUGGCUCCAGAAGUUUACGAAGAGGAAUACAAUGAAUUGGUCGAUAUAUAUUCUUUCGGAAUGUGUAUUUUGGAAAUGGUGACGUUUGAGUAUCCGUACAGUGAGUGCACGCACCCGGCGCAAAUUUACAAGAAAGUGAUCUCCGGUAAGAAACCGGAUGCUCUUUACAAAGUUAAGGAUCCUGAGAUUCGUAGAUUCGUCGACAUAUGUUUGGCUUCGGUCUCAAACAGGCGAUCGGCUUGGGAGCUUCUCAACGAUCCUUUCCUUCAAAUCAACGAUUAUGAUUUGAGGCCGUUGAUUUAUUACCAAAGGGAUUACGACGAAAUAGGCUCGGUUUUACGACAGCCUCUGUUGAGUGCUCAUCACAGCGCGACGAGUUCGUCGGUGAACGGUUUCUCCAAUUACGUAUGUUACAAUCCAGAGCACGACUUCGAUUCGCACUCGCUUGAGUACGAAACGAACGAUCUUGAAGACGACGACUCGGAGAACGUGGAUAUCACGAUCAAAGGAAGAAAAAGCGAUGACGAUAAUAUCUUUCUGAGGCUCCGAAUUGCCGAUAAAGAAGGUCGAGUUCGAAACAUUUACUUCCCGUUCGACAUUGAGAACGACACGGCUCUAAGUGUCGCCACGGAAAUGGUGGCCGAGCUGGACAUCAUGGAUCAAGACGUGACUAAAAUAGCCGAAAUGAUCGAUGGCGAGAUAGCGUCCUUGGUACCCGACUGGAAAAAGGGCGUCAGAAUCGAAGAUUGUCCCGAUUAUUACAACAUCGGAGGUUGCUGUCAAAAUUGUGACGCCGACGCUUUUUCGCCGUCCGAACGACCGGCUAAGAGCUCGCAAGUACACGGCCGGUUCGAAGAGAUAACUUACCAAUUCGAAGGAUCCGAGGCAGAAGUUCAUUACAACGACGUAUCGGGACAGUACGAGGAGGACCACGAUGGCACUACCCGAGGUUGUAGUGACCGCCACUUCGACGAUGAAAAUGAAACUGAGGAUAACGUCGAGGGAAUCGAUAAUGACAUCGACAACGAGACAAGACAUCGACCGUCGACGACGAUGACGAUACGAUCGAGGGAUCCCAGCAAUCGGGCAUCGAAAUCUGAUCCCGAUCCCGACGCUCCAACUACGAGUCGAGGAGAUAAAGUCGAUUACGAUGAGCUUAAAAAGUUCGGUAGCAAUGGGAAGCAGUUCACGACGUACCCGCCGUUGAAUUCAAUUAAGAAUGGCGUUAUCUACAAGGUUUCCGGCUACGACCCGCCGUUGCCGCCGCCGCUGCCGCCGUAUAGUUCUUGUAGUCCGAGCCACCUUGCGGCGGCGAAAAGCUUAUAUUCCGAUGGUCUAUUCCCACAUUUGGUACAAAGGACUACGUCUCUACCUGUAGAUGCUAAUGAUUUCUAAAAAUAAAAAAAUUAAUGUUAUAUUUGCCCUCAAUUUUCAAAUGGGUUAUUUACACGUUACUUUUAGAAGUUUCUUUAGGUAAUUUAAGAUACUUACACACUAUUUGUUAAAAAAAAUAUAUUUUAUUAUUUAUUCUUA